CCCCUCGCGCCCCUGCGCCCCCCGACCCGCGUCCCCGGCGCCGCCGGCCCGGAGCUGCCCGGAAGCUCGCUCUUACCGCGGCGCUCGUCAGGGCAAGCCCGGGUCCGUCCGGGACCUCGGCCCCGUUCUCCCCCGGACCCGAGAGGCUGCUGCACCGGCUGCCGCUCCAGAUGCUGCUGCUGCCGCCGCGGCCACCCCACCCUCGGUCCUCCUCUCCGGAGGUCAUGGACCCACCGCCCCCCAAGACUCCCCCUUUUCCCAAGGCGGAAGGCCCCUCCUCCACUUCUUCCUCGGUGGCGGGGCCGCGGCCACCGCGGCUGGGCCGCCAUCUGCUCAUCGACGCCAACGGGGUCCCCUACACGUACACGGUGCAGCUGGAGGAGGAACCUAGGGGCCCGCCGCAGCGCGAGGCGACCCCGGGAGAGCCAGGUCCUCGCAAGGGCUACAGCUGCCCAGAGUGCGCUCGUGUCUUUGCCAGCCCUCUGCGGCUGCAGAGCCACCGUGUGUCGCACUCGGACCUCAAGCCCUUUACUUGUGGUGCUUGUGGCAAAGCUUUCAAGCGCUCCAGCCACCUGUCGCGGCACCGCGCCACCCACCGUGCGCGCGCUGGUCCACCUCACACCUGCCCGCUCUGUCCACGCCGCUUCCAGGACGCCGCGGAGCUGGCGCAACACGUGCGCCUGCACUAAGCUCGGCCCUGCUCUCUCUGGGCCACCACGUCCGUCCCACACAGUGUCAUUCCUACACAUACCCCAGUUCUGCUGAGGUUACUGCCUUACCCUAGGCCUCAGUUUCCCCACCAACCCCCAAAGAGAAACAUCAUUUCGUCUUUUCUUCUGUCUAGCUGUGUGAUGUAGACCAAAGUUGUUGCCCUUCUGGGCCUGGGUGUCAAUUGGAACUGGGCUUCAGUCCAGCCGUGCUGUGUAAGCCUUUGCAAAUGCUACGACCUCUCCUGAGUCUUGGUCGUCUACUCUUCCCAAGUAGUAAGGUCCUCGUGGAAGAAAUGACAAAAGCACCAGCACGGUCUGGAUCACCUCUGUACUUCCCUCUAAUGCCCAUGAUCCCUCGUUCUUUGCCCAAUAAACAUUCCGCACUUCA